GCCGCAUUGGCGAUGUGGUGUGACCAAAUUCGUGCUCGCUCCGCGAGUCGCCGUAAAAAAACAAUUGCGAAAUUACACAAGAAACUAAACAAAUAAACGCGUAAAAUUAACAAAAACAUGUGCAGUGGCUGUUAGAAGAGUGCGGCCAUAUUGCGGGCCAUUGAAAACGUGCAGGUGCGAUCAAGAAAGCACGCGUACGCGUCACGGGCAACAACAACAAACACAGUGCACCAUACACGCGUAUAAACACACACACACACCCACACAUACUGAAACACCGACGCACAUGCAACCAAAAGUACAAUAAAAACAACAAGAGAAAUACCGAAAUAAUAACAGAAAUAAAAUAUAAAUUUAAUUAUAAAUAAAGGCAGCUGCAACUGUGCUAGAAAACAAAUUAAAAUGAAAUAUUUAAUAGAACGUUUCUCUUAUUAAAGUGAACCCAAAACAGAAAGCUAAGAAGUACCCAAAAAUAUCAAUAUAUGGAUUUGAUUUCUAAAAUGAAUGAAAGCACAAUUACAUCUCAAAAUAAUUUAGAGAAUAAAAUCUAAAAAAAUAGGACAAAUAAAAAUACAUAAUCAAAAAAAAAAAACCAAUUUAUUUAAAAUAUCAGAUAAUAACUGUAAAUCAAUCAGACUAAAUCAACAUAUGAUUUCUCAUAUUUUUAACUUUUUGCGUUUUAAAGUAAUGGGACAUAAAUCAUUUUCGGAAUUAGAAAGAAAGGCUUAUAUAAAAUCGCAUUAAAAAAGGUUUCUUAAUAAAAUGAUUAUAAACUCCCCAAUUUUAUUAACAAAAUUUAAAAACCAUCAGAAAACGUUGAAAUAAUGCAAAAUUAUAACAAUACAUCACUUUUAAACUGUUUACCAUCAUCAAGAAAACUAAAGGAACUUCGUGAUUUUUUUAAACUGUCUUUGUUUGUUUUUGCCCAUUUCCGGCUUACCCCCACACCCCCUACCUCACCCCUUACUUCAUUGAUUACCAAAUUUCGCGUUUUUUCCCCUUAUCAGCUGUUGUACGUAUACAAAAACCACCCACUUGCCAUCCCCUUAUUGCACCUGUAAAAAACAGGUGACUAAUGCACUGUUCGCGAAGUUUGUCAUCAGCUGCUGACGCCGUGGACACAACAACAAUAACGUCAUCAACAACAACCACUGCUUUCUACAGGGCAGCGACGUCGGCGUCGGCAGAGGCCUCUGCCAGCACAACACCAACAACAAAAUCUAAGAUUAACAAAACUAUGGCCACCACAACAACAACGGCGGCAACCAAUGCUAAAGAUGGCGUCACAAUGCGAGAGAAAAAGGGAGGAGCCCUCCAAAAGCUCAAGAAGAGGCUAUCGCACAGCUUUGGCAGAUUAACAAUUUCCCGCGAAGACGGCGACGAGUCGACGCACCACCAUCACCACCACCACCACCAUCGCGGUGGCCACGGCGGGCACCACAACCACGGUAACAAAGUUCCAUACAACGGCUACAAUUCGGAGGAAUACUUGGAUCGACUCGAACCGAAUGGCAAUAUACCCGCUGACAAGACAAAUUGCAGAUAUGGAGACUGGCGCAGCACGGACAGCACCGACCAUCAUGAUCGCGUCCAGAGACAGCUUUCCGUGUCCUCCGACAGCAAAUUGUUGGACGAGGACAUCCGCGAGGAGAUGAAGUACCACUCGCACGUGGUCAUGCGUCCCAAGAAGCCGCCCAGACCAAAAUCCGAGGUCUUUCUGAACAAGCAGGAAACGCAUCCGCGACGCAAACGGUUCAGUGCAUUUGGUGGCGACUCCCCGUUUGGAAAGCAGGACGCCUAUGUGAAACUGGAACCGCUGGGCGAAGGGUCCUAUGCGACGGUAUACAAAGGAUUUAGCAAAUUAACCUACCAGCGGGUGGCGCUAAAGGAGAUUCGGCUGCAGGAGGAGGAGGGCGCCCCGUUCACCGCCAUUCGCGAGGCCUCGCUGCUGAAAGAACUGAAACACAGCAACAUCGUCACGCUGCACGACAUCGUCCACACGCGCGAGACUCUGACCUUUGUCUUUGAAUAUGUGAAUACGGAUCUGUCGCAAUACAUGGAGAAGCACCCGGGCGGCCUGGACCAUCGCAACGUGCGCCUGUUCCUCUUCCAGCUGCUCCGUGGACUCUCCUACUGCCACAAGCGGCGUGUCCUGCAUCGGGAUGUGAAGCCGCAGAACCUGCUCAUCAGCGACUGCGGCGAACUCAAGCUGGCCGACUUCGGACUGGCCAGGGCCAAGAGCGUGCCCAGCCACACCUACUCCCACGAGGUGGUCACGUUAUGGUACCGCCCUCCAGAUGUCCUGCUGGGCAGCACGGAGUACUCGACCUCGCUGGACAUGUGGGGCGUGGGCUGCAUCUUCGUGGAGAUGGUGACCGGGAUGCCGACGUUCCCGGGCAUACGUGAUACCUACGAUCAGCUGGACAAGAUAUUCAAGUUGCUGGGCACGCCCACCGAGGACACGUGGGCGGGGGUCACCCACUUCCCCGGCUACAAGCCGCACAAGUUGGGUUUCUAUCGACCGCGGAAACUGGGUCACAACUUCCCACGGCUGUACGACAUCAUCGAGGGCGAGACGAUAGCCAACGGCUUCCUGCAACUGAAUCCGGAGCAGCGUUUGGGCGCCGAUGAUGCACUGCAGCAUCCGUACUUUGCGCAGUUGCCAAAGAAACUCUACGAAUUGCCAGACGAAACCUCAAUUUUCACCGUGGAAGGCGUGCAGCUUUACACGGAGCCAAAUCGACAGAAUAAAUGAAAGUUAAAGCAAGUCCUCUCCGUGGAUGGCGUACGUUUCUACUGUUAGGGUCCCAGUCCCCAGAUCCUCAGACCCCCAGCACCAAUCACCCAAUCACCAUCCUCCAGGACUAUCCGUCAGAUCUGUCAAUCAACCUAUCGCAUCAUCCAGCAAUCCAGCAAUCGACAGCCAUAUAUAAAUGCAAGAUGAACUUCUCGUGCGCGCAGAAGUUUUGUACUAUAAUUCUACGAUACUUGUUAGUUAUUAGUUCGAUUUCGCAGUGAGUUUAGCUGAGGGAGCUUAGCAGAAGACAUGCAACCAACGGCGGCAUUUUAUUUUCAGUCAAAUUGCUUAAAUUUAGUUUAGAUUUCUCGCCAUCCUGCAGUCGCGUCGAAAAAGGAUACUCAGUUUAGUCAAAGCGCAGACAUGGUUUUCUGUAAUCUUUUGUAAGCUAAAAACAAUUAUACAUUUAAAGGUAGCUUUUAGUGAGUGAAUUGCCACUGUGGAUUACGCAAUAUUUUCGUUUGCAAUGAGUGAGAGAUAAUCAUCAUCGUGUCUGCAUUAUAUAACAUUCUCGUGUGUAUUUCGUUUUCAUUCUUUUCUCUUUAGUUUUUUUAGUCGAUAUUUUCAACGCGAAUGUUCGGCUGACGAGUGUUUAUUGAAAGUGCACUAAAAAAUUGCUGAUUGCCGACUGCUUUAAUAGAGUGCAAUUUAAACAAAUUAAUGAAUUGGCGAGAAUUUUGCCUCAACUAUCAAUUAAUCAACCAAAAUGCUUCUACCAGAUGUGCGAUCAUUUCCAAGUAAUUAUUCAACUUAAAUUUAUAUAUGUUUUCAAAUUUAAAUAUGCACAGCAGACAUUUAAAGAAGCGAUUCGCUCGCAGCUAUUUUAUUCUUCGUUUGAUCGUAUGAUUUUUAACGCUUCCUUUGUCAUUAUUAUAAAUAAAUAAAUUCGCCACGCUGUUUAAGUGAUAAUUUUAUAUCUAUUAAAUGAAUUUAUGUAAAAAGCAAGUAAAACAAUCUUAAAAGAUAUGUAAAACAAAUAAAUUUAAAUCAUCUUAUCAUUUAGGUUUGUUUUGUUCUCCUUUGUUUUUUUAAUUAAACUUUUGAGUUCUUUUCGCAGAGAGUUGCUGCCGCGUGGAUGAUGAUGGAUUUCCUAGGAACAUUUAGAAAAAGUAUAAUAUCGAAAGGGAGGCUGGCGGAUCACGAAUCAUAACAUUUUCGAUGCAAACGUAAGCGAAUAGAUAAACAAUUAAACUAGCAAAAAAACGCAAAUAGUAGAAUCAAAUUUUUAGCAAUCAACCAAAAGUAAAUUCGAGAUAAAAUAGCCAUCAACUAAACACUAAAGUAACCUAACCAAGUAUUUUACAUAGAGUUCGUAGUGAGAAGAAUCGAAACCAAGCCCAAUCCAUUUCCAUACUCUAAGAAACGUAUCGUAUUUGGCCAAAAACGAGAGGACGCCCGAAAUCUCCGGGUUCCACUAAUAUGCAAAUGAGUUCAAAGAAGAGCUAACAAAUGUGCAAAUUGAAAUCAAAGACACUUCACAUGGUUUUGAAACAAGAAAAUAAAUCAAAAACGAUUUGAGUAGAGCAAACUAAAGCGUAGAACAAAAUAUAUUAUGAAUAUCGUAUAAAUCGACGAGAAAGAAGAGCCAAUUUGAGUUGUAGGCAAUCAAAUUGCUAAGAUUCUCUGAUUAAGACACGAUUCUAUGGAGAUAUCAAGCCCGUUAAGACAACUCGGUUAGGGCCACGUUUUAAUAGCGUUAACCACAACCAGAUUAUAUUUUGUAGCAAAAAGUAAAAGUCAAAUUUAAACAAAAGCGAAUUAAAAAACCAAAUAUUUCAAAUGAAUAAACUUUUUCUGUGAUUUAUGAAAAAAGUAUGCAAACAAAAAGCACACACUAAAAUACAGUGCAGCAAGGUAAACACACACAAAGUAAACAAAAACUAAAAAAGAUAACAAAUUAGGCACUUUAGAGAAACCCAGCAAGCGAAAUUGUUUAGAAUUGUUUGCUGCUGGCCGAAAUGAAUAGAUACUUUGUUAAGGAGAAGCAAAAUUUUGCACACAAUUGAAAUUUAGCAAGGAGGAUGUUUACGCAUUCCCUCCUCUUCGGUUUUCUGCGAAUUUCCCCCAAAUUUAAUUAUAGGAUCGUGAAACAAAAGGUAACGCAGCAUGGCAACGCACUUUGCACUUUUCCCAUCCCGAAGGUUACGUCCAUAGUUUAUAAGCCAAUGAGCCAAUGGAACAAAUCGAAUCGAACGAAAUUAGCGAUGAUGGAACAGGUUUUCGUUUUUGUUUCCGUUAAAUGCAAAAGAAAUGCUACUUUAAUCAGCAAAAGAAAUGAUUUUUCGAAGCAUUUUCCAACUAAUUGAUUAUUUGCACAACAUUCGAGAUGAGCAAAGCAAACAAAAGAUAAUGGCGAAAACUAAUCUAAUCUAAUAACGUAAUCGAAACGAGUAAUUAAACUAAGAGUGUUUUUAGCGGAACGUAUUCUAUGUAGUAGCUAAGCGGCAGGGUAAUCCCUUCCUUCGGAACCCUGGGAACCCUGGAACGAAAGGUAAAACACAUUCUCAACUUGGAGGACGGGAACGAGGAGAAACUUAAAUAUUUUUAAUGCAUUGAAUUUGUCGUAAAUAUUUAAUGUACCUUUGUUGAAAACAAAAUAAAUCUAUUAACACAAAUUACGAACUCUCGAUGCGGUUAGGCGAUAGUUUAGAUGGAGCAUGCAAUUUUUAUGUUUACCUCGUAAGCAUUUUUGUAUAGUUAAACGAAAACUGGGUACACAGCCCACACACACAACCCCCAAAAAUAUGAACGAAGAAUGGAGAAUUUUGUAAAUAUUUUUAGUUGAUUUCUAAGUAGCGAAAGACGAACACAACCAUAUUCAACAAGAGAAGAUGGGUAAAUUUAACAUGGAGAACACUAAUUGUUUAUGAUUUAACAAGAAAUGGAUGGCAACUAAAUACAAUUUGAAUAAGUUAAACCUGUACAAUAAUUUAAUAUUAAAUAAAAAGCGGCCAAGGCCAAUGAAAAGUAAAA